GACAGCACGUACACGAUGAACGAAAUACCUAGUCAAGAAAGCCAACUUAUUCGAACUGUUAUUAUGUCUGUUAGUUAUUUAAUUGUCGUGCUGAUCGCUAUACCUGGCAAUAUUUUUAUUAUUUACGCAAUCGUAAUUAAUCGGAAUACAUCGAUGUCCUCAUCGACAUUUCGACUGAUAUUAAAUUCCGCGAUAGCUGAUUUGGCUUUUGCUGUAUGUGCAUUACCAUGCACAUACAUGGAGGACACAUAUGAUAACUGGUAUUUAGGUGAAUUUAUGUGCCUAGUCAUGCGCUCAACAGCAAUUAUCUUAAUUACUGCGUCUAUUCUCUCCAUGACAUUUAUUGCAAUCGAUCGAUGCAUUACUAUGAUUUACAGUAGCAGCUGGUUACAAUCGCGUUGUCGUCUUACUAAUAACGCACUAACAAUUAUUUAUGUGAUCAUCAUUUGGUUGAUAUCGAUUGCCACAGCGGUACCACAAUAUACAAUUAUCGAAUAUCGCGGCCUAACAUCGAUUGGAGGACCAUUUUGUUACUUUGGUUUAAGCAAUUUACGGCGCUUUCGUUACUAUUUCCUCCUCUUUCCGAUCAUUUGCUUUUUAAUUCCAGUAAUAGUUAUGAUAUCAUGCUAUGCUGCCAUCGCUUAUUACUUAUUACGACGUAAUCAUCAAUCAUCUUUAGGCAUUUCUACAUCCAAAAAAUCGAAAGUCCAUCAGCGCGAUAUCAAUGUCAUCCGAAUGUUAAUUGCCACAGUAGUAACAUUUCUAAUCUUUUGGCUGCCCUAUAACAUCUUCGUUGUCUAUUUUAAUGCUUUACCAGAACUCAUUGACCAGGCCAGAUUUAAUAAUAAGUAUCAAUUCAUAUUAAUACCUGUCAUGAAAUUCUUAGGGUGUUGCCACUGUUGUCAUAAUCCUAUCAUCUAUUUAAUAUUCAAUAAAAAUUUUCAA